CUCUUUCUCUCCAUCUCGCUUGCUCGCCUCCCUCUGUAUAAUCCACAUCUAGGGCAAGCUGAUUGAGAGCCAGUCCAGUGCUCAGCUCCUCUCUGCAGGCUGAGAAAAGAGAGAGAGAAAGACAUAGAAACGCUGCUUCUCAACGCAGGAGGAAAAACGGGAGGAAGAAAACGGGUUUGGAAAAAGGGAAGAGAAAUACCGAGGAAGAUUUCAUCUGAGGAUAUCAUUUAUACCUGUACAUAUUGUUUAUAUAUAUAUAUUUGUACACACGCAUAUAGAUAUUUAUAUACAUAUUUCUCUGUAUAUAUAUCUGUGUAUUUGUGCUUGUCUGUUUAUACUAAUAUUUUUAUAUGUAUUUGUGUGUGUGUGUGUAAAUAUAUAUAAACAAAUUAAUAUAUCUAUGAAUUUAUAUACAUAUCACUGUGAAACAAGAGCAGCAAGAGGAAAAUGUACCAUCGGGGCUGGUCUCUGAUUGUGUGAUCGUAUACAAUAUUUUCAAUAUUCUUUUCUUUUAUCUUCUACGUCAAGAGGAAGGAAGACUACGUACUCAUUUUUUGUUUUCCUGUUGCUACUUCCACCUCCUCGCUCUUUUUUUUGUCAUCUGAGGGGAAUAAAGAGAGGAGAGUAACAGGAUUUGGAGAAAAGGGGAAAAUCUGUCGAAUUGCUGUGAUUAGUGUUAUUUUCGUCGGUAUUAGUGCUCUGCGAGCCGAUCGCAGCGUGCUGCGUGUGAUCUGAGGAGGCAGCAGAGAGAAAGUGCCACACCACGCCGCUCAGCGCCAGCCCAGCUCCAGCCCAGCUCCAGCCCAGCUCCAGCCCAGCGCCAGCCCAGCUCCAGCCCAGCUCCAGCCCAGCUCCAGCCCAGCGCCAGCCCAGCUCCAGCCCAGCUCCAGCCCAGCUCCAGCCCAGCUCCAGCCCAGCUCCAGCCCAGCCAGCAUGCACAAACACCACCACUGCUGCAAGUGCCCAGAAUGUUACGAGGUGACCCGCAUGGCCGCCCUGCGCAGGAUGGACGCCCCUCAGUACCAAGAAUGGCAGGCCGAGCCCUAUGGAUACCCGGCCGGGUACGGGCCUGGAGGCGGGCAGACCUUACCCCAGCCUCCAGUCUCAGGGGGAGGAGGAGGAGGAGGCAUGGGAGGAGGAGGGGGCACUCUGGGGAGAAGUAAGGGCAAGAUGACGUCUGCUGGGGGUCCCGGAGGCCCAAACCCCAAGGGCCAAUCCAAGGGCGGCACCAAGGUGAAUGGCAACAAUUCUGGUGGUCAAGCAGGUUGGUGGCCGGAGUGCACCUGUUCCAACCGGGAGUGGUACGACCAGGCGAACCCUCCCCCUGUCAUCGUCAACGCAGACUCAUUGGAUGCAGGCCCUUAUGUAAAUGGCAGUGAUGGGAUGUAUAAAUAUGACGAGAUCAUCUUGGAAAGGGGUAACUCUGGCCUGGGCUUCAGCAUCGCUGGGGGGAUGGACAAUCCACACAUCCCAGAUGACCCAGGGAUCUUCAUCACCAAGAUCAUCCCUGGUGGAGCUGCAGCUAUGGACGGCAGGCUGGGGGUGAAUGACUGUGUGCUGCGUGUGAACGAGGUGGAUGUCUCUGAGGUAGUCCACAGCCGGGCGGUGGAGGCCCUGAAAGAGGCUGGCCCUGUGGUCAGGCUGCUGGUCAGGAGAAGACAGGCCCCUCCUGAGACCAUCCUGGAGAUCAACCUGCUCAAGGGGCCCAAAGGCCUUGGCUUCAGCAUCGCUGGGGGGAUCGGCAACCAGCACAUCCCUGGAGACAACAGCAUCUACAUCACAAAGAUCAUCGAGGGCGGGGCCGCGCAGAAAGACGGACGACUGCAGACCGGAGACCGCCUGCUAGCUGUGAACAACAUCAUCCUGCAGGACGUGCGUCACGAGGAGGCGGUGGCGGCGCUGAAGAACACCUCUGACAUGGUCUACCUCAAGGUGGCCAAGCCCGGACCCGUGCACCUCAACGACAUGUAUGCCCCUCCAGACUACUCCAGCACCUUCCCCACCAUGGUGGACAACCACGUCAGCCACAACUCAGGCAUGGCCUACAUGGGAGCUAUGGAGCCCAAGCCCGUCUACAGCCAGCCCCCCCAGGUCACGCCCUCCAGGUACUCCCCAGACCCCCGUCACAUGCUGGGGGAGGAAGACUUCACCAGUCCCGGCCCGCGCCCUGACGCUGUUGCUCUGUUUGGCAGGGAGCCGCGGAAAGUGCUGCUGCACAAGGGCUCCACGGGGCUGGGCUUCAACAUCGUGGGCGGCGAGGAUGGAGAGGGCAUUUUUGUCUCCUUCAUCCUGGCCGGAGGACCAGCAGACCUGAGCGGAGAGCUCAGAAGGGGAGACCGCAUCCUCUCGGUGAAUGGGGUGAACCUGCGGAAUGCCACCCACGAGCAGGCAGCUGCAGCGCUGAAGAGGGCCGGCCAGACGGUCACCAUCAUCGCCCAGUACCGACCAGAAGAGUACAGCCGGUUUGAGUCCAAGAUCCACGACCUGCGGGAACAGAUGAUGAACAGCAGCAUGAGCUCUGGGUCGGGCUCCCUGCGCACCAGCGAGAAACGCUCCCUCUAUGUCAGAGCUCUGUUUGACUACGACCGGACCAGAGACAGCUGUCUGCCCAGCCAGGGCCUGAGCUUCUCCUAUGGGGACAUCCUGCAUGUCAUCAACGCCUCCGAUGACGAGUGGUGGCAGGCGCGCCUGGUCACGCCCCACGGGGAGAGCGAGCAGAUCGGGGUCAUUCCAAGCAAGAAGAGGGUGGAGAAGAAAGAGCGAGCGAGGUUAAAAACAGUCAAGUUCCACGCCAGGACGGGCAUGAUCGAGUCCAACCGGUCAAUCAAAAUAAAGCGCAAAAAAAGCUUCAACCUCUCACACAAGUUCCCGUUUUACAAGAGCAAGGAGAAUAUUGUGCAGGAGUUGGAGUCUGAACAAUGCCUGACGUCAAACACCAGCGACAGUGAAAGCAGCUCAAAGGGCCAUGAAGACACAAUUCUCUCAUACGAGCCAGUGAUUCGACAGGAGAUUCAUUACACGAGGCCUGUGAUCAUCUUAGGCCCAAUGAAAGACCGAGUUAACGAUGACCUGAUUUCAGAGUUCUCUCACAAGUUUGGCUCCUGCGUUCCUCACACGACACGUCCGCAGCGGGAGAACGAGAUGGACGGCCAGGACUACCACUUUGUGGGCUCGCGGGAGCAGAUGGAGAAGGACAUUCAGGAUAAUAAGUUCAUUGAGGCGGGCCAGUUCAACGAGAACCUCUAUGGGACCAGCAUCUUGUCUGUCAGAGCAGUGGCUGAGAGGGGAAAACAUUGUAUCCUGGACGUGUCUGGGAACGCUAUAAAGCGACUUCAACAAGCACAACUUUAUUCGAUCGCAAUUUUCAUCAAACCAAAAUCCAUUGAAGCUCUUAUGGACAUGAAUAAGAGACAGACUUACGAACAAGCUAAUAAAGUCUUUGAUAAAGCAAUUAAGCUUGAACAAGAGUUUGGAGAAUUUUUCACAGCCAUUGUACAGGGUGAUUCGCUAGAGGAGAUCUACAACAAAAUCAAGAUGAUCAUUGAGGAACAGUCGGGCCCCUACAUCUGGAUACCUUCUUCAGAGAAGCUCUGAGCUCCCCAGCUGUACCCCUCUGUCGGCGCAGAGACCCCCCCCUCCCGACACACCGCCCAUCCCCCGAAGAGCUCCUCCCUCCCCCUUUUUUGCAGAUAUGUGUCAUAUCAAGUUUUAGUGUCAUCAUUAUGUUAAUCUCAAAUGAAAACUAGUCUUAUCACCAUUUCUGUGACUGUGCACACCCCUGCAUGAGUUUCUCAGCAAAUCCAUUCAAGACUGGAAAUGCCAUUUCAAAUGAAUUUGUCAUUUUAAAACAAAACAAGGGAAAAGCAAAAUGAAUCGUUCUUUGUGAAAUGGGACUGACAGUUGAAGAUCAGAAUGUUUUACAGACGACGCUGGAGUGAGGAGGAGUUAGGGAUUCAGGAGAAGUUGCAGACCAAUCAUACAAGUUGGAACACUGUAAAUGUUCAUCAAAUCACAUUUUUAAAAAAGACACGCAAGAUGAGAAGCAAAGACCACUUCGGUUUUUUUUCUACAAGGACUGGAUAAUAUCAAGCCCAGCUGAUGGUACUGUUGGAGUUAUUGCUCUUCUUUGUAAUUACUGAAGAAAUUGGUGGAGAAGCCUACAGACUGGUGAUCUACCAGCUUGCUGUUUGAUCAGCUGCCAGUUGUUGGUGCUGCAGCUGAUACAGACCUCUUGGGAGGCAGAACCAAUGGAAGAAAUUAGUUAUGAAUCUCUACAUUUAUAUAAUGAAAUCACAAGGUAAAUCAUCAAAUCCUACUGCGAUUUUACUACAUAUUAAAAACUACACGUUUUACACUUCACUAGAAUUGUCUACUUGGAGGGCUGUUAGAUUGUUUUUUUGGAGGGGGGAUUUUUUUGCUUGUGGUUUUUAGCUGCUCUGUGUAAAGGAUGGGGGUAGAGAAGUGUAACGGGGCUCUCUGCAAAACACCAAACUGCCUUACAUCAAAUAUAAAUUGUUAUAUUACUACCUGUACUUUGAGGGAAGCUAUAAAUAAUUGACAACAAAAAAAAGAUGGAACUUUUUAUUUUAAAUGUUAACUUUUUCUGCGUUGUCUCCUGACUUCCAGGAGGUCUAACUUGUGAGUGCAAUAGACAAACGCAUCGCACUUCCGUGGAUUUCUAUCUUCCCUUUGUAUUCUUUUUGACCCUUUUCCUGUUAUAAUUUAAGAUUUGAUUGGAUUUCAAUUUAGGCAGCCAUAGCUCCCUCACCCACGUUGAGCAGCAGAUCACCCUAUUACACUCUCUACCUUCCAAGAGGAGUGUGUCUUCUGAUUGAAUGGUCACAUGGUACUGUCCUGAAUAUGCCAUCAUGAAGGUGGCCUUAAAAACGGGUAGAACGAGACAAUACUUGUAUUGGAUGUCCUAACAGAGGCAAUUUAACCUGCUUUUGGAUUGUCCCCUUUCCCCCCCCACCCAAAAUAACACUAAAGAGGGGUUUGAUUAAAACCUACAUUGCAUUCGUAAAGUAUUCAGACUUCUUGACUUUUUUUCACAUUAGUCUUAUUUUAAAAUGGAU